AUGUGUGGCAUAAGCGCCGUCCUCGCCCUCAACGGCACAUCUCUUGAUGAUGGUUCAAGAGAUACUGCGGCUCAGCUGAAUGAAAGCUUGGAUAGAAUUGCUCAUCGAGGACCCGACUCCAGGGGCAUAUGGGUUAGUGAUGACAAUAGCGUUGCCAUCAAUGAUCUUAGUCCCGACGGACACCAGCCAUUUCACAGUUCCAAUGACCACAUUCACGCGGUCGUCAACGGCGAGGUUUAUGAUUACGACCGCAUCCGCGUAGAGCUGAUCCACGAUUUUGGCUACGAAUUCAAGGGGCGAUGUGAUUCCGAAUUGGUCAUUGCACUCUACGAAUUCUAUGGAAUAUCAUUCCUUUCAAAGUUACGCGGUGAAUUCGCACUUUGCAUUUACGACUCCAGCAAAAAGCUUUUCCUUGCUGCUCGGGAUCGAUACGGCAUCAAGCCUCUGUUUUGGACUAUGGACAACGACAGAAUCUUAAUAUCCGCGGAAGCAAAAGGCUUCCUUCCUCUGGGAUGGAAACCUGAAUGGGAUGUGCAGAGCAUUCGGGAGGCGGGAUGGAACCAUGAUCAAAGGACAAUUUUCAAGAAUGUCCAAAAGGUUCGGCCAGGACAUUACUUGGCUUUGCACUUGCCAUUUGGGCUUCCCGAGCCCCGGCAAUAUUGGGAGAUCAACUACAGAGAUAAGCUGGAGUUGGAUACGCGUCAGGAAGAUGAGAUGAUUUCAGGUGUUAGAGACAGGCUUCUCGAGUCCAUCCGGCUUCGUCUGCGAGCUGAUGUUCCCAUUGGAAUCUAUCUAUCUGGCGGGAUUGAUUCUUCCGCGAUUGCUGGCAUGGUCAACCACCUGGUCAAAGAGCAGGGCGAGAAACUCGGUAUACAGGGCGCCACCAAGAGGAUCUCUUGCUUCAGCAUAGCUUUCGACACAGGAAGUGGGUUCGAUGAGUCGGACAUUGCAAAUCGGACCGCAGAGUGGCUUGGCGUCAAACACAUCAAGAAACACAUGGAUGAAGAAGGGCUAGCUGAGAGAUUUGAGGAUGCAACCUAUCACUGCGAACACCACAAUCACGAUCUCAAUUUUGUUGGGAAAUACGCCCUCUCUGAAGUACCACGCGAGAAUGACUGCAAAGUCGUUCUUACAGGUGAGGGUGCGGAUGAGCAAUUCGCAGGCUACCCACUAUACAUUCCCGACUUCCUCAGAGAGCCUGACCCGGCUUGGUCAGGGAAGCAAUCAAUUUCCGAAGAUCAACGGCAAGCACUCUGUGUUAAGUUCGAAGAGCAAAUCGCGGGCUCUUAUUCCUCGAUUGGGGCAGAUGCGUCCAACCGUGGACCUUCUCUUGCCCGCCACCAGCUGAACAACAUAACCACUCCAGCAUCGAUGGCGGCCUUUCAACUACCGUCAGAUUUCUUUGCACACUGGACUCAAUGCUACAAUUCCGCCAGUCCACUCGACACGACUGCUAGCAAUGUCGACGGCCGUGUACUCGACCUUGUCCAGAACAGCUGGCACCCACUUCACUCAGCGCUGUACGUUUGGACGAAAGGCCAUUUGGCAAACAACUUUCUCUCCUGCCUGGGCGAUCGAACAGAGAUGGCACACAGCAUCGAAGCAAGACCUCCUUUUCUUGACCAUGAAUUGGCAGAAUAUGUGAACAACUUACCUCCUAGUCUCAAGCUUCGCUGGGACCCUUCUGCGAAGAAAAUGACGGAGAAAUGGGUUCUGCGUGAGGCUGUGAGACCUUUUGUCACAGACGAGAUCUAUCAGCGAAGUAAGCACCCUUAUACGGCUCCUGUCAGUUGGCCGACCGGCGGUGCACUGCAUCGGUUAUUCGAACGCUUGGUGACGAGGUCACAUGUCGAACAGCUAGGGUUUGUAGACUGGGAAAAGGUGAAGGGCCUCGUUGGUUCGGCUUUUGUCGAAAAGGAUGUGGCGGCUUUGCGACAGACGUUGAUCAUUGCAGAAUGGGUUGUCAUCUCCCAGAGGUUCGGAGUUGAGAAGGCGGCCUGCCAUCGACCUUCAUAA